GGGCGGCCGCUCCUUCUUCCUCCACCGUCCGGGCUGUUCUGUAGAGGAAUAAACUGCAAUCAAGCGCAAUUAUUCUACAUAAUAGUUGGUUACAAUUUUCUUCAAACAGCUUUCCCCAGAAUAUAAGGUGAACAGCCAAAUUCUAAAAAAAAGACUCCUGACUUCAGAUAACAGUGGGAGCCUGAGGAUGAAGCCAGAUGUAUAUUGACUGCUGCUAAUAAUCAGUGACAUCCCUUGGUUAAAGAGCAAAAGGAAAACUUCAAUGAAAAGAUGAGCAUUUUUGACAAAAUAGGAAACCCAAAGUCAACAUCUGCCCUAAGCCAGCCUGUGGAAGUUCCUAGAAUGGACAGUGAGUCCAGUGAGUUUGUAGACUGCGUCUAUGGCUGCAGUGAAACUUAUUUGACAGAUGCCUCGGAGUCAAAAUUGAUUGAAGAAGAUGCAGUGCUUGUAAAUUGGUCAUUAGAUACAGAACUAGACAGAUACAAAAAGGAAGACAUAUUUAGUGAUGUUGUGGAAAACAAAAGUGUUGAUUCUGAUUGUUUGGAAAUGAACUGCAACACUUUAGAUGAUGAUUGCAAAGAAACGAAUGGCCAUAGGAAAAAAACUGGCACAGAUGAAGACUCACAGUUAGAAUAUCACAGUGCCGAAGAGCAAGAUUAUUCGGACCACUCUUUACCUUUUGACAAAUUGAAAACGUUAGCUCCUAAUCCCCAAAUUAUGCAAAUUGAAAGGUUACAUGAUGAAACUAAAUUUACUGAAGACACAGAUGAAAAGAUGCACACUACCAACUUGGAAACCUCAAGGAUUUCAGUCAGAAACAAUCAGUUGAUUGAAGAAGAUAGAGAGAUAACCAGCAGUACUAUAAAUGAAUCAAACUUCAUGUGUACAGAUCUGAAGAUCCCUUCACCUUUCAAAAAUGCAGCAACUCACUUUUCGGUGAACCAGGUGGUUGAUGUCUGCUCAGAUUUUAGGGCAUGUUUUAUGACCAGCAGGGCUACAAGUGCAGGGCUGCCUGUUGUCUCUAGAUCAAGUAAUACAGUGAUAACACUGAUGAAUAGAAAAUGGCCUAAUGAGAUUUGCAAAAGUGUUGCCUGUAAUACAGAUUUGCCUUACAAGUAUAAGCCCAGGGAAGAGAUGGACUCAAAAAUGGCUCUGAACAAAGCACUGGAAAAACAUUUUGUUGAUGAUAUUGCAAAGGCUAAUGGAAAUGUUCUAAUCAAGGAUUCUCAAGAAUUGAAAGAAAAGUUGGAUGUUAAAGAAAAGGUAGUGAAAAAUUCUGGAAGGAUAAUUCAACAUUCAGAAGAAGUUGAAGAUAAUUUUCCAUCAAAGUGUUGUCAGAAUACUUUUCAAAGAGCUGUAAAUGCUGAAUUAAACCUUUUAAAAAUCUAUUAUUAUCUGUGUCAUCAGCAUUGUUGGAAAAUUUACGAAUAUGUAAAGGAAGAAAGGAAAUUUUGUGAUAGUGAUUUUGACAAAACAGAGCUGGACUUUGCAUUUUUGUCUGAUUUUGAAGAUCUGAAAGCUAAGUAUAUGAGAAUGAGAGAGAAAGUAAUCGGCGGUGUCCCAUUAGAUGAACUACCCCCAUUGUCUACAGAAUCAAAAUUGAAGCCCUUCUUUUCUUCUUUUGUUCCUUCAAAGUUAUUGAAAGAAGAAUGCCAUAUCUUUCCAGGGGAAAAGUCAAACCUAGAUUUUCAGGGUGGUAAUAAUGCUGGAAUUUCAACGGGCCUGAAAAGAACACCUUCUAAAAUGCCUUCUUUUCCUGAAAACUGUUCUUCCAAUUCAAAUUCUUCCUCUAAGGAUGUUGGAGUAGUGAAUCUUAAUCUGAAGAGGGACAUUAAGCCAUUUGACAAUACAGUCUAUAUAAAAAGUCAAGAAAUACCAGAAGACUGGUUUGAUGCCAAAGAGAAUCUUACAGUAGUUGACUUUUCAGAGGUCUGUGGGACUGAAGUGGAACAAGUCCAGUUGAGGGCAGCACAUAAAACAGAAAUGACAGCUCUCGAGUCCUCUGAAAAGGAGCCAAAGCAAAAAUAUUUCCUUCAUGUUGGUGGCCUAGGUCCUUCAGUAUCUCAGGCUGAUCUGAUGACUCAUUUCCAGAAAUAUCAAACCUCUGAGGUUUUUAUUUACAAUUCUGGUAACAAUUACAGGUAUGCAACCCUUUCUUUUAAAAAAGCCAAAGAUGCAAAGAUGGCUGUGCAAGAAAUGAAUGGGAAAACAAUAAACGGGAAAUCAGUCAAUGUUCGCUUUACAAAAACUUCAACAGAAAAUGUGUCACCACUUGUCCACAAACUCCCAAAGAAAAAUAUUGACACUAGAAUGCCCAGCCUGGAAACAACAUCUUCUUUCAAAGAGUCCAGUUCUAUGCUAGAGACACUUGGAUCUGGACCGGAACCAAAAAAAAACUUUAUCCUAGUUAACCAGAAGGUUGCUGGAAAGGAUCUUAAGCAGGUAAAAUCUCAGGUUUUCCCUUUAACAACUGGUAUGUUCAUGCCUCCGAACAAUUUGAACUUGAGUAGCUUUACCAAACUGAUUAAGAAACUGGAAGAGCUUCAUCCAAAAUCCAGUAGAGACAGUAUUAUAAAUGCUCUACAGGAGGUGAGAACAAAAAAGGGUUUUCUGAAUGGCUUACCUAUUAACACUAUUGUGGAAAUGACUUCUUUGGUUUUGAAAGACAGAGCAUCCAAGCAUGAAUGAAAUAAAGGAGCAAAACCAGGAUCAAGAAAAAAAAGCCCUGAAUCUGAAAGAAGUUGACAUCUUCAGUCAAGUGGAACCUUAAUUAGGUUGAUUUUUCCUCCUCUUGCCUAUUGUCAUAAACAGCAUACAUGCAUACUUUGUAUAGACAAAUGUCCUCUGGAAGAAUCGGGAUUCAGCAGUUAUUAUUUGAAGGGUAAUAGUAGGAUUUAAUAUAGCUAAGAGGAAAAACAACCCAAAAUGUUUAACAAAUGAUUUGUGGCUUAGAACAUUUUGGAUUAAUGAUACUAAUUCUAAUAGGUAUAAGCAUUCAAGAUAGAAUGUUCAGCAGGAUGUGGUCCAACUUUUACAAAAAGGUAGUUGGGAGAGAGCCACUCCUUGCAGGCAAAGCAGUUUUGGAAGAACACUAAUUUUUUUCAGGCUUCUCUGGAACUAUUAAGUAAAGAGUGCUUGUGGUUCAUUUAAUAGUGUGAAAUAAUACUUGCAGCAACAGAAAUUUGGCCCUUUGUCUGAUCCUGCACAAGCAAAUGUAGCAGCCUUGCAAAUUAAUAAACUGUUCAAUUUCCUUUUUUUGACAUGAAGUAAUGUCAUAAACCCUGAGAAAUUUACUUUAUUUUCUUUGAUAAUUGUUGACUGUUCACUUUGAAAUAAAGACUGAGUUAUUUUUCACUCAUGUGCUACA